AUGACUUACUGUGCACCAGGUUAUCUUUUCAUCGGUUCUCGUCUUGGUGAUUCCGUCUUUUUGCAUUAUACAUUCGAACCAACUGCCGCAGAUGAACCUCCGGAAAAGAAAGCAAAAUUAAACGCAGCCCUGAACCUGAACGAAGAAGAUGAAGAUGUUGAACUCUAUGGAAAAAUGGUGCCACAGACAGUAAAAUCGGGAACAGUGACAGAAAAAAUGAAUAUCCGGGUACUCGAUAAACUACUAAAUGUUGGUCCAUGUAAGAAAAUCACCGCUGGUUGCCCAAGCAUCAGUUCUUACUUCCAGGAAGUUUCCAGACGCGAUCCUUUGUGUGUUCGUGUGGCCAUGGUAAAUGUGGCAGUAUUUGCAUAUUUCAGCGAAGUGUUCGUCCUGAAAUUAUUACGACUAGCAGGCUUGUGUCGGGAAUUCAACUGCCUCGAUGGUCUUGUUGAUUUUGCUUACAUAGAUGUGCUAUUUGCACUGAGUGUUUGA